AUGGCACAAUACCACUCAAUAUGCCAUCCCGAUCACCUGGAGCCCCUUGAACUCGAAAUUUUACACCGUCGGGAUGCCUUUGGCCUCCCGCCGAAAGCUGUCCAGGAUACGCUUGUGGACGUAUUCUUCAAAUGGGUAGCGCCAAUACUGCCAGUGGUAGAUCAUCAUGCUUUCAUGAGGCAGUAUAAUAGCGCGGAAGAUCCUCCGUCUAUUCUACUGCUACAAGCGAUGCUCAUGGUUGCAUCGCGAUGUUGUAUCAACCAGCAGGGCUCAAAAGAGUAUACCGUGCCGCCGCGCACGUUCUAUAAGAAAGCUAAGGCGCUAUAUGACGCUGGCUAUGAAACCAGCCAGAUAACUGUCGUCCAAUCUGUGAUCUUGCUAGGUGCUUACUGGGAAGGCCCUGACGAUCUUACUGAAAGCGGGAUAUUCUACUGGAGCCGGUUGGGUAUUGCUUUGGCACAGGAGCUUGGACUACAUGAGAGUGAAAGAUACACUGGCCUCCAGCCAUCACAACGAGGCCUCCGCAAACGGAUAUGGUGGACAUUGUAUACCCGAGACCGUUCUGUGGCCGCGGCGUUUGGCAGGCCAUUGCAUAUUAAUCCAAGUGAUUGCACAGUAGAGCCACUGAUAGAGAGUGACUUUGUCGAGCAUGAUGGAAAUGCAUCAUCUGAGCCGAAAGGUGAAGUUCAGGCUAGGUUCUUCAUGGAGUAUGUCAAACUCUGCCAACUUAUGGAUCUAGGUUUAGGUUUGAAUCUGUCCGCAAGAUCCACUCAAGAUGCCCGGAGCGCCGGAGCGGCGCAAUGCGAGCUUGGGUUGAAUGAGUGGCUCGUAGCUUGUCCGCCAGAGCUACAUUGGAGGCAGACGCGCCAUACGUUUCUGUCAGCGGUGCUAUUCUCCACGUUCUACACAAUCGUAUGCCAGUUGCAUUUACUGCAGGCCCCGUAUUCAUCCAAGGAAUCCCAGAGCUCGGCGUUUCAUGCUGCGUCGACCAUAGUUUCAAUCCUGGAGACGCUUCUCUCGCAUAAUGAGCUUCAAUACUCACCUACAUUCGUAAUCUGUCAUGCCGUAACGUCCAUCGUUACCUUGAAACAUCAAAUGGAUGCUUCACUACCAUCUCUCCUACAUGGUAUCAGGCUGAAACUGGAAUCCAAUCUCGAAAUACUAGAGGCAUUAUCCAAGACAUGGCCCAUCGCAACGCUAUUCUUGGAAUUCUUCCAGACAAUGACAACUCCAGAGCAUUUUAACAGACUACUGUCGGUCGCCGUGGAAGAUUGUCGCAAACGUGCAUAUGGGGACAAAUCAGGCGACCCCCAAGCACCUCGGAGACCAACAUCCUUCAAACGGCCAAGAAUACAACAGGUUGUCCUUCCGCAGAGCAGAGUUGUAUUCCAGAUCCUGGCGCGAGAAACUCAGAGGCGACAAACUGCCUUGCUUCAGUCUCAGGGUUCGGAUAUCGCAUCCCGUGGAGUGGGAGACAUGCGCUUUGGGUCUGCCUCUAGUUCUACACCCGGUAGUGUUGAUGAUACUUCUCAAGGCGGUCCCGAAGAUGCGCUAGAAAGCUGCGAACCUACUGCGGUGCUGCGAAAUCUUCGAGAGAUUAUCCGAAUUGGGAAUUCGCAGGGGACAGACAGUGGUACCUGA